AUGAGAGCUAAUUUCUAUCAUGGGUUUAUUGAUGACUUUUCAGCUAUUGCAAUCUUUAGUCUUGCAAACUCAGGAACAUAUAAGGAUUAUUCAAUUAUUCAAACAGCUGAAACUUAUGUCCCAUUCUCAGAUUACCCAUUCCUUAUUGAUCUGCCUUAUAGCAAAAACAUUGGUGAAGGCAUGGUCUGGGGCUGUGUGUAUUACAAUGAGACAAGCUCUAAUUGGACUGAGUCGAACUGCAAGAUAGUAAGUAUCAACAAUUCCACCUCAAACGUCACAUUUAAUGUAUACCACUUCUCAAUGUGCAAGCUUGCUGAGGUGAAUCCUAGUGUCAACUCACCGCCUUAUGUUCCAAUACCAGAGAACUCAUGUAACGAUAAUUAUGCUCCUCUCUACAUCCUUGUGGUAGUUCUGUUUAUUGGCUUGCUAUUAGCUCCAACGAUGGUUAUAAUAGACAAAUUAGUCCUUCUACAUCUACUCAAGCCCCUAAGAAUGCACCUCCCAAGACCCCAGCAUCUCAUUCUCCUAGACCAACUCUAA